AUGGAUGAAGACAGCUGGAGUGAACUGGUCAGGUCGAUAGACUUGUCACAUAAGGAAGUUUCUAACGAUCAACUCCAAGAGAAGGUCCUAGCCUCAACUUUCCAGUAUCUGACCGCUCAAAGCCCUGAGCGGAUCAAGCAUUUAUUCUGUGAUGAAAAAAACUAUCCUAUAGCUAUACAUUCACUGAUACUGUUUUCAUUUGAUACAACUCCUGUUCUAGAAUGGUAUACUCCUAAAAUUGACUACUGCCUCAAUACUUGCCAGCGAUGCAUCUCCAUGUUCCAUAAGGGACGCGCAAAGUUAAGACAGGAUUUCAUUGUCACCAGAGGUUUAGACCCUCAAAGUGUCUCUAGAUUUAUGGACAUUAUAUUAAACUGGGAAUUAAACAGAAUAUUAAUUAAGUUCAGGAAUGCAAUCACUUCAAGCAAUGGAGGAAGAGUUCAGGUUACUACAGAGCUUUCUUUAUCAGUAGUUGAAUGCCUGUACGGUUGUGCAAUGUUAAGGUUGAGCCCAGAACUGCGAACGCUAUUUUCCACCAUAUUUUCAGACCUCGUUGAGACACAAGAAUCUAUUGUACCUUCAAACUCUCCAGCAUUUCCAGGUGUAAUAUUCUUUCUGUUUGAAGGCACGGACUUCGAAAGAAACUGGGCCUUAUCUGUGUUAAAAUCAUUCGACUCCAGAAAGCUUUUUAUUGAAUGGGAUUUACUGCAACUGGAGGAAUAUGAGGUUCAUUUUUACAGAAUUCAAGACCCAAGUUUCUAUAAUAGCUUAAAUUGUGCAAAUUUUUGGUGCAAUAUCCUUCCAUUGAUAGAAUACACAACUGUUGACAAUUUAGAACUCAAAUUGUUACUUCCUGCAUCUUACAAGCCCAUGUUGAAAGAAGUUCGUUUUCAAAUCGUUUCACUUGAUAAAGUCCUCAUCAACCACGUCAUGUCGUAUUUAGACUAUCCUUUACCAUUUGUGCUCAGAGCGUUGAAUAUUUUUCUUCAGAAGUUUUCUUUCAAAUUUUGGAGUGUUGUAGCUCCUCAUACAUUUUUCAACUUCAUGGAUGCCAUUUUGGGGAGUCCUCAUUUUCUAAAACUCCUGAAAGAAUUGGAGACCAAGAAUUGCUUCUUAUCCAUCGAUAAAUUGUCAAGCAAAACACCCUCUUUCAAUGAUUUAAUUGAAUGGAUUCCUGCAAUGUUUAAAUCCCUUCAAGGCCCUUCGCAACAGCAAAUGAUUAUUAAAGCUUCUGUUUUUAUAUGGGGACAAAGAGACAUCAAUAUUUCUUACGUUAUUGAGCUGACACUCCCCCUCGUAUUGGAUUGUCUGCUGAUUCAAACACCCAUAUAUGACUCUACGUUCAACAUUGAUGUUUUAACACAAUCAGAGACUAGAGUAUUUCUAGAUAAUAAUUUCCAUGUUGUUCUGGACUCAACAAUUGCCACCGAAUCUCCUAAGCUUAUGGACAUGUGCUGUGAAUUAGUAAGGGAGCUUAUUUUAUUUGACUCUAAGCAAUAUGCGAGCAGCAGUUAUAACCUGAACCUUCGAAAGCCUGUGAAAUUGGUGAAUUUUUUGCCAAAAUUUUGGUCCUACUUAUCAAUCAAGAUACCCCCAAGUAAUUUACAGUUUACAUCUACAGUUUUGGAAUCUCUCAAGUUUAUAUGUGGUGUUUUUGUUGUAGGCAUAGGGAAACAAACACCUCCGCCUCCAGGAAAACAGGAUGAAAGAGAUAACCUCUUGUCCAUAAUCUCCAAGCAUAAUAAGAACACAGAGUUAUUUUUUACCCAAGCUUCUCAACUGUUGUCAACGCUUGUAACUUUUGAUCCGUCGGUGCUGAGAACUGCUUUGAAUGGUAAACAAGCAUCCAUUGGUUAUUGGUCAUGCAUCCUCUCAAGUAACCAAGAACUAUAUCAGAGUGCAGCAAAUGUUCUUUAUGAAGCGUUCGAUGUGGAAGGUAGACUUGAAGGUACUAGAGCCUUGCUGGAAUUAAAUCUUCAAAUUUGUUUGCAGUCGGUCGUCGAGAACCUUAAUACACUGUUGCUUUUAAAAGUAUAUGAACUUUGUCCAAGAACACUCCGAGUGCUCAUGGAUUUGCUUCAUUCAUUAUGCGAUCCAGUUACUGGAGUUUUUAUUGAAAACAACUCCUAUGAUUCCAAAACAAGGGAGAGUAUUUUAAGCUUUUGGAAUGUUUCUUGGGAUUUCCUUUGUUUGAUCUACGAUAGAACUACUUACUGGGCCUCCAUUUACUCCGUUUCUGUUCUUAUCGACUUUGCCAGAGAUACAUUGGACACAUCCCAUUUGUUACUUGACGGGUUUAGGAGUUUCAUGAACGUAGUUUCAGACAAACCUGAAAUCAAGAACUUUUUGUUCGAUAAGAUUAUGUUGACUUUCCAUAAAGUUCUCACAUGGUUAAGACUUGGUGACGAAUCACUUUUGACCAGCUGUCUGUCUUUGGUGAUGAAAACGUUGAAUUUAGCUACUGAACUUGAAUUGCCGUUUGAUAACGAUAUCAUUGAGCUUCUUGCCAAAUAUGGAGCAAGGGCUAAAAAGUUCAACAAUAAAUUGAGUGAAACACAGCAAUUUGAAAUUCUAGAAAGAGCCAGAGACUUCAACAGUGACCUUGUGAAUUCCAUUGUGGCAGAGGCAGAGGAAUAUAGAAAUUCCAAAUUCAACUUAGGUUCGGUAGAGUCACCAAUUUCCAUUCCAGAUGAAAAGCCAGUCAAGAAGCUUCAAAGUGAUCUCUCCAAAUAUAUUAAGUAUGUAAAAGAGCAGGAUGUUCCCGCUAUCAUGCCUGGAUCUAGAAUUAAAGAGAUUGCUAGAUUGUCUGCUAAGGAAAAGGCUGAAAGAGAUAUACGAAUCAAAAGGAUGGGUAAACCAGAAAAAGCUCCUGCUGCACCCAGACCUCCUGGUUUUAACUCGUCAAAAAAGAAGAGGGCCGAAGAUUCUAGUGACGAUGAAGAUGAAGAGGAUCAAAAUGACAACGCACUGGAUACUCUUUUUCAUCCAAAUGUCGAAGAAUUGAAGAGCAAGACAGCCAGAAAUUUACGUGAAAAAGGCAAGAUGAAAGCUCAAUUGCUUUCCAUGGAUAGACCAAAGGUGAAUGCAGCUGAAAUGGAAAGGAAGAAGGCAGAAUAUAGAAUGAGAAUGCGGUUGAACGUUGACAUGAACCCAUUGUAUGCUAAAGUUUUGCAAUGGUCUUUCAAACGAGACUCCAGAACUCCGGAUAAUGCCGAUCUUACAACGUACAAAGCAAUUUCUGACUCAUACGACUCAGUUGAACAGUAUCAGAACACAUUUGAGCCUUUGCUUUUACUUGAAUGUUGGCAGGGUAUUCAGCAAGCCAAGGAAACGGGACAGGAUCAACCAUUUAAUCUAGUAGUGGGCAGUAAAACUACUACUGGAAACUUUUUCGACGUAUAUGCUUCAGUUAAGAAGAGCGUUUUGCAAGACAGGAAGAUCGGUGAUAACGAUUUGGUUGUGCUUGCUUAUGUUCCUGACGGGUUGAAAAAUAUGCAGGGACUUGAUGAAUCUGUACCUCGGACUGUUGUAAAAACUUCAGAGCACUCCUGCCUUGGGAAGGUACGAGAAAUCAAGUACUCUAAUUCAGAGUUUUGUGAUGUUACAAUCAGAGUGCAUAAUAGGAACAAUAUUAGUCCUUUCUUAACUUCGAGAUCAGAAUUGACUGGCCUCAAAAUUUUGCAAAUGGUAACAAUUGAAAGAGAAUACUCCUCGUUGAAAGGAUUGCCAUUCUACGAUCUCUCUGACAAGAUUGUUAAAGCCAAAUCUGCUGAGCCAUUUAAUAUUGAUGACACAACGUUGCAAGAAACGAUGGUUAAGUUUAGGGUCAAUAAAUCUCAAGCCCAAGCCAUUGCUGGUGCCUCAACAUCGUCAGGCUUCUCGCUCAUUCAGGGUCCUCCGGGUACGGGUAAGACUAAGACCAUCCUUGGGAUAGUAGGCAAAGUUUUAACCACUCGCAACAACCUUCAUAGUACCCCAAUUUCAAUUCCAGGAGCGGUGACUUCUGGACCUAGAAAGCCUGAAACCGGAGUAAGGAAGGUCUUGGUAUGUGCCCCUUCGAAUGCCGCAGUUGAUGAACUGGUCAUUAGAUUGCGGGAGGGUGUUCCGGGAAUUUCAGGACAAAUGUUCAAACCUAAGGUGGUUAGAUUAGGUAGGUCUGAUGCUAUAAACUCGGCGGUCAAAGAUUUAACUCUGGAAGAGCUUGUAGACGCUGAGCUCAAUGAAACGGCUCGUGCUCCAAAGGCUGAUCAAUCCAUUAGAGAGAAACACAACAAAGUUCUAGCGGAGAGAAAUUCCAUUCGAGAGGCUCUAAAAGAGGUUUCUAAUUUGAAACCAGAGGAAGUCAAAGAUUUACAAAAAAGAUACAGUGAAAUUACCAAAGCCAAGAAUGAACUGGGAAAGAAACUGGAUGAGCAAAGAGAGGAAGUUUCUGUGUCUUAUAGAAAUCGGGAAAUUCAGAGAAGAGCGGUUCAAUUUCGAAUUCUAUCUCAGGCACAGAUUAUUUGUUCCACUUUAUCCGGGUCUGCGCACGAUUUUCUGGCAACAAUGGACACUUCUUUUGAUACUGUGGUCAUUGAUGAAGCAUGUCAGUGUAUUGAGCUUUCGGCUAUUAUUCCUCUGCGAUACGGCUGUAAACGUUGUAUUAUGGUUGGUGACCCAAACCAGUUGCCUCCUACUGUCUUGUCUCAGGCUGCUGCGGAGUAUAAGUACGAGCAAUCACUUUUUGUCAGAAUGAUGAAUGUUCAUCCAAAAUCGGUUUAUCUGCUAAAUGUGCAGUACCGUAUGCAUCCCCAAAUUUCUGUUUUUCCAUCAAAAGAGUUUUACAAUGGAAAACUCAUUGACGGUGAAGGUACUGAGACAAAGAAUACCAGGAGCUGGCACAAAAAAAUACCUCCCUAUUGCUUCAUUGAUGUGACAGGUAAGGAAAGUACCAAUACGAGCAAUAAAUCGUUAUUCAACAGGGCUGAGGCACAAGCUGUGGUCUCUUUGAUUGACGCGCUAUUGGGGCUUGAUCGUGAUUUCAACUUUGCUUCAAAAAUUGGAGUUAUAUCACCCUAUAAACAACAAGUUGUACUCCUCAGAGAUAUGAUACUUCGGAAAUUUGGCAGAAAUAUAGGAAUAGAUGUCAACACUGUUGAUGGAUUCCAAGGUCAAGAAAAAGACGUUAUUUUGUUUUCAUGUGUUCGUGCCGAUGAGACUAAAGGAGUUGGGUUCUUGGCAGAUGUGAGAAGACUAAACGUGGCACUAACUCGUGCCAAGUCUACUCUUUUAAUUGUAGGACAUGCAAGCAAUUUAUCCGGCCAUUCGUUAUGGAGGCAUUUAGUUCAAGAUUCCAAAGACCGAAAUGUGUUUUUUACUCAAAGAUCCUUGCUAGAUGGAGGUAAAGGUGAUGUUACAGUCGGGGUAUUACCAUCUGGAAAGGGAAAGCGAAAAAUAGAAGGUAUCCUACCCCCAGAGAAAAGAAAGAAUACUACAGCUAAUCGUAACACUGAUUUCAAAGGUCAACUCAACAAUGAACAACGUUCAAAGUUCAAAGGUCAAAAAAAUGGUAAAAAGUCAUCCAAAGAUUUUUCCAAUGUAACACCCAGUAACACUGGUUACGUUGCUCCUCCAACUAAGGGAUCCUUAUCGAUGGACAGUUCUGCUCCCCAAGUCAAAUCAGGAACAUUACCUAGCAAACCGACGUCAAGUUCUCAAAGAGGACAGAAAGUGACAUCUGAUUCUAGAUUGAAUCGAGUAGAUUCCAAAGUGUUACCAAGUAAUGAUUUUGAAACUCCUGGUUUCAUUACUGGAGUCUUACCAAGCUCCAGAGGUAGUUCUAGGGAUAAAACGUUGCCUCCAACUGCAAGUCCGCUAAGCACUCCUUCUCCAACUUCUUUGAUACCAAGACCUGGUGUGUUACCUCCGAAACCACCGAUAUCGAAACUGCCUUCAAAUCCACAGACUUCUGCAACAUCACUGGGACCUUCAAUGACCUCUUUCAGUCGUCCUUCGAUGAUUCAGUCCCCAGUUGUAUACAAUCAUCCUACCAUGAGUCAGCCAAAUCUGGCCUACAAUUCCCAUGUGCCAGUCAACUCCGGGGUUUACCCAGGUUCGUCCAGUGUAAAUCUUCCAAUCAUGAACCCAACAUUGCCAGCAGCUCUACCUCUGCAAUCUGUAUCCCCUGUUUCAGAAAGCUCAAAUGAUCCACACUCGGUAUCUUCAAAAAGUAAUCAAGGAUACCUUCCUCCGCAAAGUCAGCCAUCCGCCUUACAAAAUCGAAAAUCUGAUCGCCAGCCUUCAUCUUACGGAUUAAACAGUAAUAUUGAUCCUCGUUCAGGGCCAAAGUUGGCUGAACCAACAGAUCAUUUCGUACAUGCUGGAGAGAAGGAAAAGAAGAAGAAGAAGAAGAAGAAGAAGGACAAGAGUAGCGAUAAAGAAAAAUACAAAGAAAAAGCAUAA